GCCCCUGCGCUCCCAGUGGGCUGGGCGGGCUGCGAAGGCUCUGUGUCCCAGCGCAGGGGGGGCGCCGCCUAGGGCUCGCUCCUGGCCGGAGCCGCUUGACCCCUCCUCCGGGCCUCUUCCGCCAAGCCCCCCGGAAUGCCCCGUCCCUUGUGAGCCCCUGGGCCUGCUCCCGGUUGCCCUUUCUUUGCGGCCCUUCGGGGGUGCCGGGGCUGGGAGCUGCCUGGCCCGCCCGGGUCCGAAUGCAGCCCCGGCUCGUCCUGCAGCUUUGCCCCGACUUCGGGCCUCCUCUCCUCGCCGACGCCGGCUCCAGAUUCCUCCGCCCUGGUAGCCUCCCGCUGACCGGCCGCGGCCCCCCGGACCCUCAUCUUGAGGACCCUCAGGCCGGCAUGUCUCCAUUUCUUCCUGCCACAUCCCCAGGGCAGGGUACCUUUAUCGUGACCCCCACUUAUCCAGCUGUGCCUUCUGACAACUCUGCUCUUUCCACAAGAGGGAGAGCACAGAAGAGGAGGGAAUGGCUGAUGUGUUUCUGACAAGCUGGCUCCACCAGGAGUCAGUGACAUUCAAGGAUGUGGCUGUGGAUUUCACUCAUGAAGAGUGGAUGCACCUGAACCCUUCUCAGAAGGAGCUCUACAGGGAUGUGAUGCUGGAGAACUAUAGGAACCUUGUCUUCCUAGAGUAUCCUGUUUCCACACUAGAUGUGAUCUCCCAGCUGGAACAAAGGAAAACACCAUGGAUGCUGGGGAGAGAAGAUACCAGAGGCCCCUAUAUGGAUUGGGAAACUAAACUUGAAAUGAAGAAAUCAGUUCUACAGCUUGACAUUGAUUUGAAUAAGUCAUCUCUGGAAAAAUACCCAAGGAAUAGUUACCAGGAUUCCACACUGGAAGAAGACUGGGAUUUUGAUGUUAAGAAAUUUUCUAAGCAUAAUGAAUUUGGAGAGUCAUCUCACUAUAAUUCAAACCCUUUUCAGGAUCAUAUAACAGAUAUUAUAGAGAGCACUUAUGGAUAUGAUGAAUAUAGGAAAGCCUUCAUCCAUCUUACUAGGUAUCAGGGAAUUUAUACUGGGGAGAAAUUUCAUAAAUGUAAAGAAUGUGGGAAAUCCUUUACCUGCAGCUCAUCUCUUAAGUAUCACUAUAAAAUUCAUACUGGAGAAAAACCUUUUGAAUGUGAAGAAUGUGGAAAGGCCUUUAUUCUCCGAGCACAACUUACAUCACACCAGAGAAUUCAUUCUGGAGAGAAACCUUAUGAAUGUACUGAAUGUGGCAAAGCUUUUAGGUCCAACUCAUCUCUUACCUACCAUCAGAAAAUUCAUACAGGUGAGAAACCUUAUCCAUGUAAUGAAUGUGGGAAGGCCUUCAGGUCGAAAACACAGCUCAAUUCCCAUCAGAGAAUUCAUACUGGAGAGAAACCUUAUGAGUGUAAUGAAUGUGGUAAGACUUUUGCCCAGAGCACACCACUUACUACCCACAGGAGAAUUCAUACUGGAGAAAAACCUUAUGAAUGUAAUGAAUGUGGGAAAGCUUUUAGAUAUAACUCAUCCUUUAUUUACCACCAGAGGAUUCAUACUGGAGAGAAAUAUUAAUUUAACAAAUAUGUAGAGGCCUUCCUUGGGGUAGAACAUGCCUUACUUCCUAUCAGAAAAUUCAUAUUAGCAAGAAACCUUAUGAAUGUAAUCAGUGUUAGAAAGCCUUUGGCUGGAGAACACAACUAGCAAAAUAUUCAUCCUAGGAAGAUUUCUGAAUGUGGAAUAGCAUUCAUUUGAAGCUUAUUCCUUACCUGGUACAAAAAAACUCAUAUUGUAGAGCAGCCCUAAAAGUAUAAGCAAUAAGUCAAAAAAGCAUUGUUGCAACUAGGACAGGAGUUUCAUGUUCAUUUCUCCCACCAUUUAGCAGUAAAUGCUUUCUAAAGGGUAUGCUUUCUAAAGGGGUAAUUUUAUGGAAGUUCAGCAGUCACAACAAAGAGAUGAAGGCCAACUCAUGCACAAAACUAAUGUAUCUAAGCCACAUUUACUGGGCUGAAAUUUUUGGUUGACUUCUUGACUUCAUAUCAAGAUCUCGAAAUAGGAGUAAGUGCCAAUAGCUGAGUUGUAGGUACACAGAGAAAGCAGUAGCCCAAAGGAAGAUUGCUGAUGUUUCCUUAUGGGAAAAUCUUGCUUCUUUACAUGGGCUUUUUAGUUUUUCCUAGUUUCAAAAUCUGUACUGUAUGGAACCUAGUGGCCAGGCUUAUAUUUUGUUUCCAGAGGACUCUGCAGAAGCCUGCCUAUGGACAAAGGGGAUGGCUUUUGAAAGGCCCCUUCAACCUUAAGCAAAGUUAAUGAAGAACAAGACUUGGGGCAUUUCUGAUAAAAGCAAAAACUACAUAUCUGUGUUUCUGUGUAUAUAGCUCUCUAUAUACACACAUAUAGAGAGAGAUGUAUGUGUGUGUGUGUAUAUAUGUGUGUGUGUAUACAUACAUAUAAAUGUAGAUAUUGAUAUAAAGAUGUAAUAUAGAUGAAGAAUUCCAAGAACAUGCAAAAACUUCUGUGAAGUGAUGGAAGAAAAAAGCAUAGACUAAAGGAUAGUAUGCAUGUUGACUAUUACAAUAUAGAUGGAGACAGCUUCAAAAUGUGUAAUAUGUGGUUAUUUCAUAUAUGUGUGUGUGUGUGUGUGUAUGUACAUAUCUUCUAAUACAGAUGUUUUCCUAACUAAAAUCAUAACACAGUAGAGAAUAGAAGCAUACUAGACUCUAAGUGAAAUAGAAAACAGAAUCAAUGCAUCUAAUAUAAAGGAUUACUCAAUUGGGGGAAAAUCCUUGCAUCUCAUAUUUCUAAUGAAGGUCCAAUGUCUAAAUAAAUGGGAAAUUAUACAAAUAUGUGAUUGAGAUCCAUUCCUUACUUGAUAAGUGGUCAAAGAAUAUAGAGAAACAGAACUCAAAAGACUUGCAAACUAUUUUAAAGCAUGUGGAAAAUUAUUUCAUAUCACUAAUAAUAAGAGAAGUACAAGUCAAAAUAAAUCUAAGGUUUCACCUUACACAGCAAAUUGGCAAAGAUGACAAAAGAUGGAAAUAGUGUUGGAGAGAGACUAUGAAAAGACAGUCACAAUAAUAUGUUUGUGGAGCUAUGUUUCAGCUAUUCUGUAAAACAAUUUUGGACUAUGUGAAAAAGUGACUUAAAUGUUCAUACCCUUUUACAAGAGAUGUUACUCUUAAGCUUAUGCUAUGGACAGAAAGAAUCAAUGUGUGCCAAGAUAUUCAUAACCACUCUGUGGGUAGCAAAGAAGUAGAUAAAAAGUACAUGUCCAUUGACUGAGGAUGGCUAAGUAAUUGUGGUACAUAAAUGUAAUGGAAUGUUAUUGUAAAAAUGAUGAUUAGAAAUGCAAAGAAACAUCAGAAUAUUUGUCUGAACAAAUGCAGAAUGGGUUAAGUAGAACCAAGAAAAUAGAUAGAACUAUAACAAUGCAAAUGGCAAAAACAACUGAAAAUUAAAUGCUUUGUUUAAUUAUAAUGACCAAUCUUUGCCCCUGGAAAAGAGAUAAGGAAAUAAAUAUUCCUCCUUUCAUUGGGGAGAUGGAUGAUGGGUGUGGGAUGUUGAAUAUGCUAUUAGAUGUAGUCAAUGUAUUGAGUGGUUUUGUUCAAUUUUCUUUUUUCUUGGAAGGCUCGCUGGGUAGAGGAGGAGGAAGGGGAAUUGUUAAGAAAUGACUUGUGAUAUAACAACAAAAAGCAUCAAUAAAAUUUUCUUUAAAAGUAA